AUGGCUCAAGCUAAAGUAGAAACAAUAGAUUUAACUGAGGAUGACAAAACUGAAAGUCAAGGUAACUCAAUGGAGUGCGCAGUGUGCCUUCAAACAUGUGUCCAUCCGGCAAGAUUACCAUGCAGCCAUGUAUUUUGUUAUUUGUGCGUCAAAGGCGUUGCUAAUCAAAGCAAAAAAUGUCCCAUGUGCAGACAAGAAAUUCCGCCAGAUUUUGUGGAAAAACCAAAUCUGAUUGAAGUUGAAGAAACAAAACAACCAGCCGCUGUCGUUGAGGAUGAAUACCAAUGGUUUUAUGAAGGACGAAAUGGUUGGUGGAGAUACGAUCCUAGAACAAACCGAGACCUGGAGAAGUUAUUCCAACUUGGACAUAAUGAGUGUCAACUAUUAAUAUGCGGCGCAGUUUAUUGUAUUGAUUUUCAAAAUUAUCGCCAAUUUCCAAAAUUACAACCAGCACGUAAACGCAAUAUUAAACGUAAUACAAAAAAUAUUCCACACUUAGGCGUUGCUGGUUGGUGGCAAUAUGAUCAGCGUACAAGUCUGGAACUUGAAACAGCUUAUAAGCAAGGCAAACGAACAUACGAAUUAUUAAUCGCGGGUUUUCUUUAUAUCGCUGACUUUGGGUCUAUGUUACAACUGCGUCGUAAUGAUCCAUCACGCCAACGCCGUAUUAAACGCGAUUUAUCAAAUGCACCAAAAAAAGGAAUCGCUGGUUUACGUCUUAAUCAACACGAUGAAGAACCAGUAUUCCGUGAAAUACGUGGAGCCGAGAGAUCUGUUAGCCCAGCAAGCGAUAUAACCGGAACAGGAGAUGGAGCAAGUACACCAGUACCACCAAGUAACACACCGCAGACUCCAGCAGGACACGCCAGUGGUGAUGCAACACCUCUAACCGACAGGACAGACCAACGGGCGGAUUCUUUACAUCAGGUUUUAGAACAAAUGCGUUCAUUAAUGCUUACAGGGCAUUUGUCAUUAAAUAGCGAUAAUGAAGUUGAAGAAACAACCAACGAUGGAUCAUUUUCAGAUCAUCAUAGUUCCUCCUCCUUGCUGUGA